CCCUUCUUCUGUUUGGUCAAUUUUCCUCUGUUCUCCCCAUUUUACUCCGAUGAAUAAGAUGAAAAAACCAACGGAUUCCGCCGGUGCUACGCCACGGUCAGAACCACCACUGAACACCAAAUUAGUAGAAGAGCAAGCUCAACAGUCGGAAUGUCAAGCAAAAAAUUCCCAGGAAUUGGUCAUUGCCAAUCUCAGCAAACUAUCCGACGGACUCUCUGCGUUCCAGCGAUGCUUGACUGACGUAGAACAACACAUUGAUGCCGUCCGGACCUCAAUUGACUCCGCUGUUCUACUACUGCUCACUCCACCUCCACACACAGCUAAUACCACUCCGCCACCAGUGACACUCCCAACCCUAGAUCCAGAGCCAGAUCCAUCUUGCGAGUCUGACGCCUCUGAAGAUGAAGAGGAGGAGGAGGAGGAGGAAGAGGAAGGCGAAGACGACGAUGAUGAUGAUGAGGAGGAGGAGGAGGAGGAAGAGGAAGAUGAGGAGGAGGAGGAGGAAUUGAAACCCUCUUCUCGUUCAGAGCUGGAAUUUCUGUGUGAAACAAUGAAAAUUGUUGAUCUGAAGAGGUACAUUAUAACGCAUAUCUCAGAUAUAGAUGGAUUGCGUGAACAAGUUCCUAAGGCAUUGAAACUUUCACCCAAUCCAGCAACGCUUGUAUGGAAAUGUAUCAACAAGGGGUCCAGGAAGCGUGUUGAUAGCUUAAAAGGAAAGGCUUCUCUAUUGGCUUUGGAAUGCCUCUUGCUGACGAUGGGAGAGGGAAGAGUAGUUAAGAUUGAAAAAUGGGUGAAAGAAGAGGCGGAGCAGGCAGCUUCAGCAUGGCGGGCGAGGAUGUUAUCCCAAGGAGGUGUAUCAAAGGCUCAUGAAAUGGAUGCCCGGGGUUUGCUGUUGCUCAUUGGGUGUUUUGGGAUUCCACUAGGAUUUUUAGACCGGGAUAUUAGAUAUUUGAUUCAAGUAAGUGGCGCCUCGAAGAUAUCUGGUGCUCUUAGGAGAUCAAGCGCUCUCAUGGAAAGGAUUCCAAGAAUACUAGAGUGGAUGCUGAAGAACUAUUUAGUAGUUGGGGCCAUUGAUAUUGCCUAUACUUUUGGAAUGGAGGACAAAUUUAACCCUCGUAGUAUCUUGACAUCAUUUUUACAUAACUCUGAAGUGUCAUAUUUGAACAAUACUAAGGGACUUGAACAACAAAGUAUUGCUGUGUGUGCAGGUAAAAAGAAGCACUUGUCUGAUCUGAAAUCUGUCGAAGAAUGUUUGGAAUGUCACAAGAUUGAUCCUUUGAAACUCCUUCCUGGUUGGCAAAUCGAUGUGAGAAUAAUGAACUUAGAGAAAGAUAUUACUGAUUUAAUUAAGCAUAUAGGUGAGAAAGAACAUGCUGAAUUGACUAGGCAUACAGUUGAUCAGAAGAUGGCACAAAAGAGAAAAAUUGAUGAGGCUGAGUCGUCCGGUAGUUUCAGCAACAAAGAAAUGAAACCCUCACAUUUUCCAAAUCCAAAUCCGUGGCCUCUACAACAACAUAGAGUUGUUAAUCAUGUUUAUGAUAGCAAUAACACCUUGUUAGAACAUGGUGGAACUGCCGGCCACAUUUAUGGCUAUUCUCAGUCCCCGACAGUAUUGCAUGGAGCUGUUGCAGGCUCAAUACAUCAAAAUGUUGUUGGCUCACUGACAGGCCCUGUGGGAGGUGUUCUGGCCAUGGAUGGGGCUGGAGCUGGAGCAGGUACAUCAGUGAACGGAGGUUCAUGUGUUGGAGUUCAUGGAGGGACUCUAGUUGAUCAUACAAACGGUCUAAUAGGAAGUUAUACUGGUCAGUUAUAUGGACCGCAUGGUGAUGCAGCUGUGCAUGACAGACUGGCCUCCCACACCUAUGCUUAUAGGCCGUCAUCCUACUUGGAAGCAUCUGGCUCUCUGGGGUUGCCAAAUACCAUGCCUGGUGAUGCUUAUAGGCCUCCACCAUAUUUGGAAGGCACUACGGGGUUGCCAAACACCAUACCUGCACCAUAUCAGUUUACUGAAACUAUUCCAGCAACUGAACUAUACCAAAGCAAUGGCUCACGAGCAGUUGAUGCUGUUCCAUCUGCUGCCCUUGCUCAUCCUUCAUCCUCCUUGUACUGGAAGAGAUAGUUUUGCAUUGGGCAGUCCAGCAGGUCACACUGGUUCCUUGGAAAAUCCAAGGUCAUGGGUUCAAUUCCUCAAAAACAUGCAUCUUCCUCUUUUCCCAAGUAUGACAUUCUUGUAAUUUUCGCCUGAGAUGAAAUUAAAUGGAGCAUGAGGAUUCAUAUGUUGUUUGUUGUUUUGAUGAUCUGCUCAAUUGUUGACUGGAGUCCCUGUAGGCACACGCACUUGUAUAUCUUGUUUGUCUCUCCAUUCGUAUGUGUAAAUGUUGGACCUGCAUCUUUUUAUUUGCUCCCUUGAUGUUAUGAAAUGAUAUAGUCUUCUUGCAUUUAGUUUCAAGAUUUUCUUGUAUGGAUAGUCUACCCAAGGUUGUAGUUUAUUGCUUUGCUGCGAAUUGUUUGAUCUUUCGCCAUUCAACCUGUGUGAUUUGCAUAUAUAUUGUCUAGAAGAUAUUUUCUGUAGUUGACCUUCGACUUAUGAAUCAAUCCUUUUGACUUGGGAUUUGAGGAUCAAUUUUCAUGUCUGUUUCUUUGUUGCUUAAGUAGGUGGUCGAGUGUGUUAUAUUCAAUUUCUUUUAUUCUAACUUUGCAUCUUAGUUUCUGGGCUUGCAGAUAUACAUUAUGUGGAAACCAUAUUUACGAUUUGUCUUUGUUUUUAUUUCUGUAUUUCGUACCUUUGGUGAAGUUUGACUUCAUUAAGGUAAUUGUGUUUUUCUAUGCAGUCCAGCAUUGUUAUUGAAGUCGGAGGAUUUUGCUAAAGGUGUUCUAACAUUUAGUAUAUUCUAGUUUCUGGACGGGUGUUCCAUGUAAAUUUUUAUAGAUUUGUUGGAACAAUUAAAAUUCUAUGAAAAUGUGUGUAUAAUGAAUAUACUGAAGUGCAACAAUUCCAAAUAAAUCUUUAAAAGUGACAAGAAACAUCAAAUGAGGAGUGCAGUUUAAUGUUUAUAAUUAAUUUCUUGGCUUUUGGCUUGAAUGAGCUGUAUAAUAGA